AUGGUCCGCUCUCUCGCUCCGACUCUGCGGAGCUCCAUCUGGGCGGUGGCCGCGCCGCUUGGCCUCUAUGCCAUCUUCAUCGGCCUGGCCGCGACACCCUUCUUCCAGAGACACUUUCUCUAUGCUCAUAAGGUGAACACACUGUCCUGGACUGAUGUAAAUGAGCCUGAGAGAUGGGGAUUCGCCAGAAAUCAAGUGACGCCGUUCAAGCUCAACACCUCUGACGGGGAGAGGAUCUAUGCCUGGCACCUCCUGCCCCUCCCCCUGUAUUUGCAGAACGAGGCUAGCCUAGCUGCUCGGGCGCCAGGCUUUGCCGAUGAUGUUACCACUACCGAGUCGUUCCGACUUUUGAAGCAUGAUCCUGAAGCUAGAUUAGUAUUGUAUUGUCAUAUCGCGCAAGCGUUUCGCCCAUUUAGCUAUCACACCCUAACUGAUACAUCAUCUUACCACGUAUUGGCUGUCGACUAUCGCGGUUUUGGCCACUCCACCGGCGUCCCCAGCGAGAGCGGCUUGAUCGAGGAUGGCUCGACACUCGUUGAGUGGGCUAUCAAUGUUGCUGGUGUGCCACCAGAGCGGAUUGUACUCCUGGGACAAAGUCUUGGCACCGCAGUUGUCAGCGGUGUUGCUGAGAGGUACGCCCUGAAAGGCGUCGAGUUCGCCGGUAUCGUUCUUGUCGCUGGCUUCAGUGAUUUGACGAGUAUGCUGAGCGAGUACCGCAUCCAUGGACUGGUCCCAGUGCUCGCACCCUUCCGCAGCUGGCAACCACUGCUGCAGCUUUUGCAAAAAUGCGUAGUUGAUAAAUGGCACUCAGCAAACAGGCUCUCUACAAUUGUUCAGAGUACCAAGUCCAGACUCCGGCUCAAUUUGGUUCACUCCUUUGAUGACCCAGACAUUCCGUGGACAGAGGACAACAAGCUGUUCAAGGCUGCGGUCCAAGGAAGGGAGAAUAUCACAGAUGAUGCGGAAUUCGAGACCUGGAAACAGGAAAGAACCGACCAAAUCAGCCAGAAUGCGUUCAGAACUACCUGGAAAGCUAGUCCCAACAUCAUGGUUCACCAGGAACUUUUCCCUUAUGGCGGCCACAAUAACAUUAUGGGAUCUGCCCCUGUUACACUGGCAAUCAUGCGGUCCUUUGAGCUCCAUGGUACCACCUAUGCCUCGUAA